GUGUGUGUGUGUGUGUGGGGGGGUAGGCUGUGCAGUAUUUAACUGAACCAGUUACGGGUACAUUGAGACGAUCGUCGGAUGUUUUAAAGAUUGACUCCCAUCAAAGUAUCAGCAACCGUCAAGAUGAUGAGAGCUGUGCAGGCCCUAAAAUAUGGCGGACCGGAAGUCUUACAAAUUAAUAACAUCGCCAUACCGAAACCAAAGAAAGGGGAGGUUCUUAUCAAGGUCCACUUUGCUGGAAUCAACCCAAUCGAUGCUCUGAUUACAUCAGGUUUCAUGGGCACCUCUGGUCCACUGCCACUGAUUCCUGGGAUGGACACUGCUGGUGUAGUAGAGGAAGUAGGAGAUGGGGUCAAAGGUUUUAAGAAGGGCGACAGGGUGUAUACAGUGGCUACUGACAACGGCGCAUAUGCCCAGUACACUGUAACCACCCCCAAACACAUUGCUCACCUACAACCAUCUCUCACCUUCGCCCAGGGCGCCGCCAUCGGUGUCCCAUACUACACAGCCUGGAAGUCCUUGUAUUUCAGGGCACAAGCCAAGAGUAAAGAGACGAUCUUAGUUCAUGGAGCCAGUGGAGCUGUCGGAAUAGCCGCUGUCCAGAUAGCAAAGGCCAACGGUCACCUUGUCAUUGGUACAGCUGGAACAAAAGAAGGCCUUGAUUUGGUCAAGAAGGUUGGAGCUGAUUUUGUCUUUAACCACCGACAGGAGGGCUAUAUGGAUGAGAUACAGAAAGCUACAAAAGGGGCGGGAGUGAAUGUGAUACUGGAGAUGUUAGCCAACGUCAACCUGGACAAAGACCUUGACCUUCUUGCUCAACGAGGACGUGUUGUGGUUGUUGGCUGUCGGGAUGGUAUCAGAAUAGAGCCAGUUAAAACAAUGUUUAAGGAGACCUCUAUUCUUGGGGUCGCCCUCUUGACUGCAUCAGAUGAAGAAUGGCAAGAAAUUAAAAAUGGCGUCGAAAAUCUUCAAAAGAAAGGAAAAGUUCAACCAAUUGUCUCCCGUGAAUACAAGCUAAGUGAAGUUGCACAAGCUUUUACAGAGAUCCUGAAAAAUUCUGGCACACUUGGCAAGUUUGUUUUAGACACGAGUAAAUAGUGAUGUUGCCACAUUGGCUCAGCAUAUAAUAUAUCAUUUAUAAUUUUAUGUUCCUGCACCUACUUAUAUGUAAAUUUUUUUUGUACAUAAUGUGAUUCAGAUUUUUUUUUAAAGAGCACACACGGCCCCAAUCAUGGUCCCAAUGUAAUUUAAGCACUUUUUCAUGUUAAAAUAAAAUGUCAAUAAAUACGUUUAUUGAACACAAUUUGGUUUUUAAAUGUUAAUUGUUUGACUCUUUUCUAGCGUCCCUUAAAGGGGAAUGGUGUGUGAUAUAAAAUAGAAUUGUCUGUGUCACGUCUGUGUGUGUGGUCUGUCUGUCCGAUUUAGAUCGCAAAAACUAGAAAAGAUAUUAAAAAUACAAUAUCAUGAAAUUUUA